UUAGUCCUUUUUUUCCACUUCUGUCUCGUUUAUUGUUGCUUCGCUUAUCUGCCAUUUGCUGAGUAUUAGUAAUAAAACUUAUGCUCAUAAAUUGUGUGAACUCUCUUCUCUCUUCCUUUUUUUCUUCUUCAAUACAAUAACAGACGCUUACUUGUAGACAAACCUCUGCUUUUCCAUUCUCCAUUCUCCAGUUUUCUUCAACCUAGGGACAAUGAAUAAAUGGGCUGGAUCAAUUUUCCUAUGCAUUUUGGGCAUGUUGCUUCUGAUGAACUGGUCAGUCAUGGCGGAGGUGGAGACGUGCUCGGGGAUAGUGCCAAUGCAGUAUAGGUAUGAUAAGAUAUCAAUAUUGGACUAUGGAGGUGUAGGUGACGGACGGACGUUGAAUACGAAAGCGUUUAUGGAAGCAAUUUUUCGAAUUCAGCACUUGAAGAGGAGGGGUGGAACGUUGCUUUACGUACCUGCUGGUGUAUAUUUGACUGGUCCAUUUAAUCUUACUAGUCAAAUGACUCUUUAUUUGGCCCGUGGUGCUGUUAUCAAAGCCACUCAGGAUGCCAGUCAAUGGCCAUUAGUUGAUCCAUUGCCUUCAUAUGGGAGAGGAAGAGAGCGACCUGGUGGAAGGUAUAUGAGCUUACUCCACGGAGACGGGCUCCAUGAUGUGAUUAUCACCGGUGAGAAUGGUACUAUUGAUGGCCAGGGUGAUGUUUGGUGGAAUAUGUGGAGGCAAAGAACUCUUCAAUUCACAAGACCUCAUCUCAUUGAACUAAUGAACUCCAGAGGCAUAAUCAUUUCUAAUGUCAUUUUCAAGAACUCUCCCUUUUGGAAUAUCCACCCUGUUUAUUGCAGCAAUGUUGUUAUUCGGCAUGUCACCAUACUGGCUCCAGCUGAUUCUCCAAACACCGAUGGAAUUGAUCCAGAUUCAAGCUCCCAUGUUUGCAUAGAAGAUUCCUACAUUUCUGUAGGGGAUGAUCUAGUAGCUGUGAAGAGUGGAUGGGAUCAAUAUGGCAUUGCUUAUGGUCGCCCUAGUCAUGGCAUAACCAUCCGAAGGAUAACUGGAUCAUCUCCAUUUGCUGGAAUUGCUGUUGGAAGUGAAACUUCCGGUGGCGUAGUGGAUGUUUUAGCUGAGCAUAUAAACCUUUUCAACAUGGGAGUUGGCAUUCACAUUAAGACAAACAUUGGUCGAGGAGGGGUGAUCAGAAACAUUACGGUCGCAAACGUCUACAUGGAAAAUACACGAACAGGGAUUAAGAUUGCAGGUGAUGUUGGGGACCAUCCAGAUGAAAAAUUCAAUCCGAAUGCUCUUCCAGUGGUUAAGGGUAUCAAGAUUAAGGAUGUUUGGGGUGAAAAGGUUUUGCAGGCUGGUUUGAUCCGUGGUUUGAAGAAUUCCCCUUUCUCUGGGAUUUGUCUCUCCAAUAUCAACCUUCAUGGCAACAAACCCGGACCACGAAAUUCCCCUUGGAAAUGCUCAGAUGUUAGCGGAGCUGCAAUUCAAGUCAGCCCUUGGCCUUGCUCAGAACUCACCAGCAGCCAACAAACUGGUUAUGUGCAUGGUGGAAAUGGUGGUGGCAUAGUCUGUUAGGAAGCCUAGAUGAUCUGGCCCGAAAGUGGCGGUUGAUCGGACGAAGCCGGACAAACGUCAAAGGUAAUGCCUUGAUCUUUUUGGCCUUAGGUUCAGGAAGAUCUUGAAUCUCUUGAACAUGGUGAGUCUCUUUGUCAAGCUGGUUUGUGGGGGUGGCGUCGCGUUCGGGGAGAGUAUGGGGAAGUUUGAUAUCAUUUUCUUGUUGAGUUAAGGGUGUGCGAGCAAAUGAGAGGGUGAAGAAGAUGAAGAAAAUGGCAAUGGAGAGUUUGUCCAUUAUGUGAAUUGGUUUAAAAUAACUAAGUUUAUUUCUGUCUAAAGGAGAAAAGGAAAGACAUGGUUAUAUAUAGGAUAAAGCAACGGUAAACUCGGUUAACCAUCAAUGUGAAUGAUUAUUAUUUCCUCAUUUGGAAAGGUGGGCAGUAAAUAUGGGGAAAGAAGAGGGGAAAAUGUAGUGACAUUUGAAUCCCACAUUAUUUGUGCGUAGAGGGAAAUAGUAACCAUUUGGCUGUAAUUUCAAUAUCAUUGUCCACGUUGUUGGAGUUGAACUACCAAAGCUUUGGAUGGAUCUCUAACUCACCUUAUGAAAUUUCAAUGGAGACAAAUAAAAUUA